AUGUUUGUCCAUGUUUAUACCGAACCAUAUCGAUUUAGCUCUCUCUGCCACCUACCUGCAACGGGAAAAUUUGCGCGCGUCACAAAAACUAUUGAAUCAAUUAUCAAACCCAAAGCCAAAGGCAAAGGCAAAGACCAGCUACUGAUCCCGAUCCCCAAAGAAAACGAUUCCAAAAGCCAUGAACAUCAAGAGGUCCAGUGCAGUGGCAGUGACAAAGAGGCUUUUGCCGCAAUCGAUGUCAUUAUAAUUAUCAUCCAAAUUCAAUUCAAUCCCACAGAUUCAUCAUUCCCCGAUACGAAGACUCAAGUCUCAAGUCUCGAGGUACUGUACGAAGUAUGA